ACUCUACCAUUGUGAGGUUGCGACACAUUGAUAAUACCCAUCGUUUCUGUCUGUUCUGUCUCUUUCUCUCACUGUACAUGUAACCCUAAUUGAUGGGUAUAAUCACCAACAAUACUUUAUAUCGCUUGGUGCUUCUUAUUUAUUUAAGCUACAAUUGCAUCUUACCAUUCACUCACUGAUAAACGCUGAAUUCAUUCAUAGCAGCAAACCCAUCUCCAACAACAUGAGUUCCCAAACACGCAACCUCAACUUUGUUCUGUUUCCUCUGAUGUCCCAGGGCCACAUGAUCCCCAUGAUGGACAUAGCAAAAAUUCUGGCACAGAACGGUGUUACUGUCACAGUGGUCACAACCCACCAAAACGCAUCACGCUUCACAUCAACUUUUUCUAAUUCCCAAAUCCGAUUACUCGAAGUUCAAUUCCCAUACCAAGAAGCAGGGUUGCCAGAAGGGUGUGAGAAUCUCGACAUGUUACCUUCACUUGGCACAGGCUUGGAUUUCUUCAACGCUGCAAACAGCAACACCCUGAAGGAGCAAGUUGAAAAACUCUUUGAAGAGUUAAACCCUCCACCAAGCUGCAUAAUUUCCGACAUGACUCUGCAUUACACAGCAAACAUUGCUAGAAAAUUCAAUAUUCCUAGGUUUUCAUUCCUGGGACAGAGUUGCUUCAGUCUCUUUUGUUUGUACAACAUAGGAGUCCACAAAGUUCGGUCAACGAUUACCUCGGAGACAGAGUACUUUGCUCUGCCCGGUCUGCCCGACAAGGUUGAGUUUACCAUAGCACAGACUCCAGCACACAAUUCUAGUGAAGAGUGGAAGGAGUUUUAUGCCAAAACCGGUGCUGCUGAAGGGGUUUCAUUUGGGGUGGUGAUGAAUUCAUUUGAAGAGUUGGAGCCAGAAUAUGCCAAGGGUUACAAAAAAGCAAGAAAUGGAAGAGUUUGGUGCAUUGGUCCUGUUUCACUCAGCAACAAGGAUGAACUAGACAAGGCUGAGAGAGGGAACAAGGCUUCAAUUGAUGAGCAUUUUUGCUUGAAGUGGCUUGAUUCGCAGAAACCAAAGGGUGUGAUCUAUGUGUGCCUUGGAAGCAUGUGUAACAUAACAUCACUUCAGUUAAUAGAGCUUGGUUUGGCCUUGGAAGCCUCAAAAAGACCCUUCAUUUGGGUCAUUAGGGAAGGGAAUCAAUUGGGGGAAUUGGAGAAGUGGAUUAAGGAAGAGGGGUUUGAGGAAAGGACCAAAGAUCGAAGCCUUGUGAUUCAUGGUUGGGCUCCUCAGGUACUGAUUCUUUCACACCCUUCGAUUGGAGGGUUUUUGACACACUGUGGUUGGAACUCAACUUUGGAAGCUGUAUGUGCUGGUGUGCCUUUGAUUACAUGGCCUCUAUUUGGAGACCAGUUUUUCAAUGAGAAACUUGUUGUGCAAAUACUAAGAGUUGGAGUGAAGGUUGGGGUGGAGGUUCCUGUGGAGUGGGGUGAGGAAGAUGAGAAUGGUCUUUUGGUGAAGAAAGAAGAUGUUGGGAGAGCUAUUAAUGAGUUGAUGGAUGAGAGUAGGGAUAGUGAAGAAAUGAGGGAAAGGGUUAAUGGACUUGCAGAGAUGGCUAAGAGAGCUGUUGAAAAAGGUGGAUCUUCUCACUCCAAUGUCACACUCCUUAUCCAAGAUGUCAUGCAACAAAACAAGAGAGAUACUUAAAAUGUUCUUUCUUUCUCACUUGGUGGAAUCAGAUUGGUACUCAUUGUAUGUUCCAUUACUUGCCUAGAUUUUUUUCAACACCAUUGAAUCAAGUAGUAUAUUCCAUUCCACUAGAUCAUGGUGCUGCAGAGAAUUUAUUUAGCAUAUACAGAGUGCCCCUGGCCAACAAAAACUAUAGUUUUUAGCGUGUAGUUUCCUCAAAUCAUCUACAUACCAAUGAAGUUGUUUGCAUCAGUAACUAUUUAUUUAUUUUAACACCCCCAAGAAAAAAAAAACAGAUCAGUGAUUAUUCGUAGCAUAGUAGUAUGUGAUUAUUUGUAGUAUUGUUAUGUAACAUUUCUGUCUAAGACGUGAUUCCAUUAUUUAUGUAUAUUUAUUGGAUAUUUAAUACAGUAUAACCCAGUGGUGGGACCCAUUAAAAUCA